AACCCUUCAGGCCAUAUGUCUCUCCGCAAAACUGAAAUCCCCAGUCGUACUUCGUCUCCAUCUAGGAGAACUUCUGACAGUCUGCGUGACGAUCACAAAUACUCACCGCCGAGGAGAAAUUACAGCUCGUCCAGCCAAUCCCCCCUUCGUAAAUCUGAAUCAAUUAUGUCUCUCAGCGGACGUAGUCGCCAUGGACGCUGUGGCUCCCCCAUUAGAGAAGGCUAUGAUAUUGAAAGCCAAGCUCUGCUACGUCACCCAACAGCUAAGAAUGAACCGAAUGACCAUGAACAUGAAAGCCCCACCAUGUCUCCACCCAGACGAGGUUAUGACGCAAGACACUCUGCGCUCCGUAAGACUGAAUCAAGGGCAGUCAGCGGCAGUCAAGGUCAUGACAGCCGAUGUUCUUCUCCAGGAAGAAAAGGCCACGAAACCCCGACUCAGUAUCAGCUCAGGAAAACAGACACCAGUGAUUCUCUACGUGGCCGUAGUCGUGAAAGUCGUCACUCCUCCCCUUCAAGGAGAAGCCAUGAAGCUCCUUCUCAGUCCCUGCUGCGCAAGUCUGAAGCAAUCAGUUCUGUCAAAAGUCGCGACAGCCACAGUUUGUUGCCUUCAAGGAAAAGCUGUGAUGCUCCUGACCAGCGCCCACUGCGGAGAACAGAAACUAGCAGCUCCCUUAACAGCAAGAAUCACAGCAGCCGCAACUCUUCUCCGGCUAAAAAAGGCAACAGUGACGCGCCAGGCUACUCCAUCCUCAGAAAUGCUACUAAUGGAGAUUCCAGCCAUUCCUUUCAGAGAAAAAACACCUACCAUGACUCAAAAUCGGACUCCAAUCGCUCACCACGCUCUUGGCGGGAGUCAACUUCUUCGCUCCGCAGCUUCUCGUUGACUCGUGCAGCUUCACCCUCCAGACAGACCACAAAUGGCAACAGAACAGCUUUCGUCACCUUGGACACACCCAGGAACCCCGGUGGCAUCCGAUCUGGCAGUGGUCGACGCCGCCAUGAAGACCACUUCCCCUCCCCUAAUGACAAGAGGCCCUCCAACCGCACACAGAGCCAUUCUCCUACACCUCAGAUUGAAAUGCGGAGGCACACCUCCUCCCAGAGCUCCGUGGAGUCCUCUGAGUCGGGCCAGCUGUCAACGGGGUCCACAGGACGGAACAGGGAGGAGUACGCCAUGCUAGCCGACGUGCCCAAGAUCAAAAUCAUCCAUCAGAGAGAAGAGCCGGGCCACAUGGGGGGACUUCAGAACCAGCAGUCUUCUCGGAGACAGGAGCUCUAUAAACCAGCUAGCCACUCCCUGAGCAAGCAUCCCUCCAGAGAGUGGGAAGAUACAGGGGACACUGAGAGAGACUGGCACCAUGGGUAUCUUUCUCGUGCUCACUCCUCCACCUCAUUGCAGAGGUCUGGCAGUCCAACAGCUGAUGAGGGCAGUUCUUGGAAAGGUAACCAGCACAGAUCAGAACAAAUGCAGCCUGACCUCCUGAACUUCAAAAAGGGAUGGAUGUCCAAACUGGACGAUAGCGGAGAGUGGAAGAAGCAUUGGUUUGUUUUGACUGAUGCUGGACUGAAGUACUACAGAGACUCGAGUGCAGAGGAGAAAGAUGACUUGGACGGAGAGAUUGACCUAAAAUCCUGUGUGAAGGUGUGUGAGUUUGACGUGGAGAAGAACUAUGGGUUUCAGGUACAGACGCAGGAGGCUGCGCACACACUGUCGGCCAUGACAGCUGGGAUCAGGCGGAAUUGGAUCGAGGUUUUAAAGAAGUGUAUCCGGCCCAGCAGCUCUCCAGACCUCACACAAUUACCUGAUGGCAGCAGUGACAAGGAAAACUCCCACUCUCGCUUCCCGCUGUCUUCCCGUCGGCCAUCAUCGCGUCAUGUCGACGUUCAGCCGGAAAUUCCGACCCCGGCUUCUCCUGCUCAUCGUAGAUUUGACUACGUCGAGCUGUCUCCGGUUCCUGCCUUGUCCAGCCCUCUCCCAGCCAGUCAGAGAGAAGCAGCAGAGGGCCAGGGGAGGGAGCACAGCCAAUGGCAGGAGGAGAGGAACACAAGCAGCCAAUGGGAGGCUGUGUUGUCCAGGAAGGGCACUGGCGGGGGAUCCAACCAAAGGCUACGCACGGAGGACGAAAUAGAGAGAAAGUGGGCUGAGUUUGAACGCUUGCCUUUAAAGGAAAUGAGCGCCUUACCACCAAUGGGAUUACGGCCUUCCGGCCAGUCAGCCAAUGAGGCGCUGCAGAGGGAGGUAGUGGCGUCACUGAGGCAGCAGCUGGAGCAACUACGAGGAGGAGGGGGGGGAGGGAGAUGGGGAGGAGGUGUGAGGGGCGGCUGUGGCCCCGAGGCCCCCUGCGGCCGCAGCCUGGCAGCCAUGGAACGGGCCCACCGACAGGCGCUGGACGAGCUGCAGAGGCAGCACGACCGGCAGACCAAGGAACUGGAGAUGGAGAGGGACAGGCUGCUGCUGGAGGAGACCGAGGACACGGCACGAGUAAUGGAGGCUUUGAAGAAAAAACACAAAGACGAGCUGGAGAGAGAGGUGGAGCGAGUCAAAAGGCUAAGCAGUGGGGGGCUAGAUUCACAGACUGUGCGAGCCCAUCAGCAGGCAGAAACUCAGGCUUUGCAGAGAGAGCUGGCCGGACUGUCUGAGCGCUACUCUCAGAAGUGUCUGGAGCUAAACCGAGCUGAGCAGAACAACGCUGAGAGAGAGAGGGAGAUCAGCCGCAAGGAGAGAGAUAUGGAGCAGCUGAGGAAAGAGAACCAGGACAUAAAGGCCCGUUUGACGGAGGAGAUGAGUCGUACACAAUCCAACAACACGUAUCAGGGCUCAGAGCACAACAAAGACAGGACGCCCUGUGAACUAGAGGUUCUUCUCAGGGUAAAAGAAAACGAGAUUGAGUACUUACACAAGGAGAUCGGCUGUCUGAGGAACGAGCUGCAGUUUCUUAACACGGAGAACCGGCUGGCCUGUGAACGAUACACGCAGAUACACGAGGAGCUGAGUGGCAUGAAGGGCCGGAGCGAGCGAGAGAUCCAGAGUCUAAAGGAGCACUUGAAGCUGGCUAUGGCCGCUCUGCAGGAGGGGCAGAAGCUGGGUAACAGCCUGGACCACUGAGGGUCUGGUGCUGGUACUGAUGCUUUGGCAGACACAUUGACAGGUGUGUCUGCACCAUGGUGACUGAAUCAAAGAGGUAUACAGAACAGCAGAGGAGAUGAUUGUUCAGUUCCGGCUGUGUUGGGACCAUGACAGUGCCUUUAGUCUUCAGUCAUUCUGCCAAUGUGCAGCAUAGAGUAGCUAUUAGCCGGUUUCAUUACACUGGGCCACACAUGAUAUAUAAAACUGCACUUUUUUAUUAAUAUUUUUAUUUUAGCUUUAGCUUGCUUUGAGUGUAAGCCGUGUAUGAGUGCGCGUUUGGUCUGAAAACUGGAAUAUUUGUUAAGUGACAUGGUUUUCUUUUUAAUCAUGUAUUGUAGAUAAAGAUUUCAUACUGUAUCAGCUUUUCUUGUGCGAUAAUCUUCUCAUUGUCUCUGUCUCUUGUCAUUGUCAUUGUGUCUUCUGCCUGAGACAACAGGUGUCAACACAGUUACAUAAGAGCUACUGUCAUCUCAGUUUUCUAUGUUGUACAGCUUUUGAGUCAUGUUUACUCUGUGAAAAUGGGCAGACGUUUUUUUUUUUUUUUAAAUGGGAACUUAUCAUUUGCUGUAAUAUUUUUUUUACCUGGAAAGAAGUGUGCUUGUUUAGUAUUUGUCAAUAUAAAAUUCUGAAAAUCUAUUUUGGGAUUAUUACAGGACAUAACAGCAAAAGCUUCUCAUUCCUGGCAGGCUGAAUAGAAAGCUGAUCUGUGAUUGUGUAGAAGCAAAAUCAGGCUCAACUUUCUCUGCGGAUGUUUGUAAAAGCUGUUGAAUGAAUGUUGUCCCACGUCACAGAUGUCUCUUUUCAAACCAUGGCUGAGGAGCAGAAACUCUCUAGCUCCCAGUCUCCCCUGAUCAUUGUUGGCAUUUAUAACAAAUGACAGGUGUUGCAUCGAUGAGCCAAUUU